UACGGGACAGAGUUCCAGGCAAGUCUCUUAGCUGUAGAAGCACCCUUCUUGCCUAUGGUAUGGUUCUGUGUCACAGCAUCCUUGGACCUCAUCCUCUGUUCCUGUCCUCUUCACUAGCUAGCCAGGCCCGCUGUAGUAGCUCCUCAGUCUCUGCCACUCGCCAUGGCCCCUCCACACACUGCCAGCUCCAGUAUCAUCUUUCUUCCAUCAAAGCACCAGGUUCUCACCACCCUUGACAUUCUGGUACAGAUCUGGUCGUGCAGCCUAACUGGCCCUUCCCAACCCCCUCAUGACUCUUCACCUUCUCUCUUAACUUACACCUUGUUCCCCAGACCUGCCAUUCUCCUUUUGAAGUAAUUUCCUCCUGUCCGAAAAAGUGCUCAUCCUUCAGGACUCAGCCUGAAUGACAUCUUUAUGUGACAUAAUCUCUGGGACAGUCACUGGGCAGCCAUGGCACAGAUUCUAAACCCAGGCUUUCCAGGCUCCCAGAAAGCCACCAGACCCCACAUGGAACCGAGGGCCCCAUCCCCAGCUGCUAUAUCCUCAAUGGAGAGAAAGUUCCGUGUUCUUGUGGGUGUCACAGGAAGCGUCGCUGCCCUGAAGCUGCCUCUUCUGGUGUCAAAGCUUUUGGACAUUCCUGGGCUGGAAGUCACAGUGGUAACAACUGAGAGAGCCAAACAUUUCUAUAGCCCUCAGGAUGUUCCUGUCACCCUCUACAGUGAUGCUGAUGAAUGGGAGAUGUGGAAGCGCCGCUCUGACCCAGUUCUCCACAUUGACCUGCGAAGGUGGGCUGACCUCAUGUUAGUGGCUCCCCUCGAUGCCAACACUCUGGGGAAGGUGGCCAGCGGCAUCUGUGACAACUUACUUACCUGUGUCAUCCGGGCCUGGGACCUCAGCAAGCCCCUACUCUUCUGCCCUGCCAUGAACACUGCCAUGUGGAAGCACCCUCUCACUGCACAGCAGGUGGGCCAGCUCAAGGCCUUUGGCUACGUGGAGAUUCCCUGUGUGAGCAAGAAGCUGGUGUGUGGAGACCAAGGUCUAGGAGCCAUGGCUGAGGUGGAGACCAUUGUGGAUAAAGUGAAAGAAGUGCUCUUCCAGCGUGGUGGCAUCCAGCAGAGUUGAACUGGGAUUUUGUCAUGGUGUUCCUGCACCUAGUGAGUUCAACUUGAGCUCUUGAAGAGAGACAUCAGCACAGUAUGAAGAGCCUGUGUUUGCUGAGGAGGGGCUGGCCAGCAC